AUGGAAAACUUAAUAGCAUUGAGAGGCGUGUUGGAUCGCACGAAACUUUCGCCAGAACCAUCUGGUUCUCCGUGCUCGAAUUCGAAAUAUUCUACAAACGUGGCUAGACAAGAGUCAAAUUUGCAAAACAGCAAUGACUGUGUGCCGGUUGCGUCAAAUCCGUAUGCUGAGAUGAGUCCACUGGAGUGCACGCUUGCAUUGGCGGAAGUGUUUUACAAGUUGGAUCCAAUUGACCUGAAAAAAGGAGAGGUGAUCAAACGGCACCAGAGAAAAAGAAUGAUCAAACAACUAUUGUAUUCACGUGAACAGCUUCCUCCAACCAACCCACAACUUUUCAAACUGCACGUACAAGAGGCGCUUGUUGAGGCUAGAGCACAUCAGGAGAGAGAAGCCACUUCCAUUAGUAAAGAUGCUUCUAACAGACCUGUAUCGUCAGCUACGAUCUCACAUCCACCGGGAUCUGUUCAACACUAUCUCACCACGACUCCACUUGAUUUGAAUGACUCAUUCGCGAACACAUUCGCGGAAAAAACAAGAACCGUAUUCCCUCUAAUAAAACAACAUGUCUAA